AUGGCUACUUCUCCCACGAGUCUGUCCCAAGCCUUGGACUUUCAGCCGUCUAGCGGCCCUUCAACCACCCUGCAGCUCCCCUCAGACAUCGGGAUCGGCAAUGUGACAAUUGGAGGCUACAUCGCCUGUGUGAUGGCCAAAUAUGCCCUCCACUAUGCCCGGCACCAUCCGAAGAUGCACCAUCAGGUUGAUCUUCGCUCCGCAGUCGUGCAAUUCUAUCGGCCCGUGUUCCCCACCAAGCCGAUGACGAUGACGUUGCGAGAGGUGAGCAUCGGCAAGGGAUGGUCCACCUUGCGCAUCGAGUCAUUCCAGGGUGAGAAACUGACGACAUCGGGGGAUCUGGUACUCACUAAUUUCUCCACCGAAGGCGUGACGCUUCAAACGGGCUGGCGUCCCUCGCCUGAGCCCAAACCCAUCGACCUCACGAAGCUUGAGACCGACAGCCAUCCCGACUGGAUCUCCUACCACUGCGCCUUCUACCCGGAUGGGUUCCGACGGGGACAUUCCUACGCCAAGGCCUUCAUCCCGAGAAUCCCGCGCCAGGAAGCCACCUUCGUCGAGCAGUGGAUUGAACCAGGCUGGGACUGCCACCCGCAGGGCUCUCUGGUACGGACCGGGACAGGAACAGAUACCGACGCGCGGUGGACCAACGAGAUGAUUCAAUUCAUAGUGGAAAUGCCGCUUCCGGUCCAAGAGAACCUGUUCCCGCCCAUCGAAGGCAAACCGUCGACGGGAAGCAUAGCAGCCACGCUGGAGUUUGCCGAGCUGCAGCAGAAGGCGCGCGUGGAAGGUCGAGAAGAUUGGAGAGCGCUGGAGGAUGACGGCUCCACGAGGCUCAAGGCGAGAAUGGUCAAUGUCUCGUUGACCUUGUCGACGGAGAUCAAACAACGACUGCCGUCCGAGGGCGUUCGCUGGCUGUACCUGCGGAAUGAAUGCAAGCGCAUUCUGCAGGGACGGAUGGAUAUGGAGGUUUUGCUGUUUGACGAGAAGAUGGAUUUGAUUGCGAUCAGUCAUCAGACAGCGGUUCUGAUUCCGCCGGCUUCUAAGAUUCAGAAGCUGUGA